AUGUCUUCAACAGUUUUCUUGAUUGCAUUUUUCGUCGCGAUAGUUGCUUCUUCAGCUUUAGCGAUCGAAUAUGUAGUUGGAGAUGAUGCUGGUUGGAAACUCAACUUCGAUUACCAGAAGUGGGCUGAGGGAAAACAGUUCGUCGUUGGAGAUAAACUUAUUUUCAAGUACACAGAUAAAACUCACAACGUUCACAGAGUAAAUGGAACUGCUUUCCAGCAAUGCAUGGCACCAGCUGAAAGUGAGGCUCUAACUAGUGGAUUUGAUGUGAUCACCCUAGCUACGCCGGGAAGAAAGUGGUACAUUUGCGGGGUCGGGAAGCACUGUGCGAACGGAAUGAAGCUUGCCAUUACUGUUUCUGCAGAAGUACAAGCUCCGGCUCCAAGCCCGGUUUCUGCAGCAGAUAAAAUCUCUCCAUGGAAAUCUUGUGCGUGGAUGCUGGCAUCAAUGGCUUUCUUCAGGAUGAUGAUGGCUUAA